CGACACAGACAACACUAGCAAUGGCAUUUAAAGCUCUUAUGUUCCUCUUUGCCUGCUUGGCAGUGGCCUCUGCCACCCUCAUCACACCCUACAUCCUGGGAGGAGACGAUGGUUCUUACUGGCCCGGCAAGUACGACCUAAGGGAACUCCACCCAGCUCUCCCCUCCGUGGCAGGAGCAUGGCCUUACCCAUAUGCACAUGCCUACUUGGGUUGAGAGCUCACUUAUCCAUCAGAAACUGCCAUUUCUAUAAUCGCCUAUAGAAAGACUAUAGGAGUUAAUUAUAUUUAUUGUAAAUAAUUACGUUUUCUUGUAUAUUAAAUUCAGAACAGUAUAAUACACCUUCGUUUUAUCAAAAUAAGAGUUUUAUUGUUUACCCUGAUCAUUGAACUGGAUUAAUACAUAAAUAAAU